ACCAGGCGCACCACGCCCCCUUACUGCCUUCGUACAAAUGGGGAAAUAAAUUCAUCCAGCUUUUGUAAACAUGUCGAUUUUCACCGACGGAUUAUAAUUUAAUACAUAUUGCUAUUAUUAAACCUUUAUAGUUAUGGCUUCUCCGUCUCAGAAAAGACUGCAACGUGAACUGAAGCUGAUGCAGUCAGAACCACCACCUGGAAUGAAGGUUGACCACGAAGUGGCGAUGCAGGACCUUACAAGGUGGAUAAUAAAUGUUGAAGGGGCGGCUGGAACGUUGUACGAAGGCGAGCACUUCCAGCUGCAAUUUAAAUUCGGCACACGUUACCCCUUUGAUUCUCCUCAAGUCAUGUUUACGGGUCCAAAUAUACCAAUACACCCACAUGUGUACAGCAAUGGACACAUCUGCUUGUCAAUCUUGACCGAAGACUGGUCCCCGGCACUGUCCGUGCAGGCUGUGUGUCUUUCUAUUGUGUCCAUGCUCAGUAGUUGCAAAGAAAAGAAGAGGCCUCAGGAUAACACAUUCUAUAUCAAGACCUGUCAUAAGAAUCCAAAAAAGACCAAAUGGUGGUACCACGAUGACAAGGUCUGAUCCGCGUUGCAGAUCCAUUCAGUGAAAAAAUAGCUUUAAAAAUCUGUCACCUCUACACGUUAACCUCUUGGCCAAUACGGCAAGAGUUGGCACGCAUGAAACACUAAAAAGAAUUUUAACUGUGAAUUUCCAAUGAAAAACUGAUCUCUCACUUGUCUCAUAUUAUAUAAUAAUGUAAAAAUGUAAUAAACAACACUAUUUAUCACUAAA